GAUUUUUCAUAUUCAUCUUUUACUGUGUGGCCAAGGAAAAUGUCAGGAAGCAAUGGAGGCGGUAUCUUUGUUGUGGAAAGUUACGGCUGGCUGAAAAUUCUGACUGGAGUAAAACUGCUACUAAUGGUUUAAAGAAGCAGACUGUAAACCAAGGAGUGUCCAGCUCUUCAAAUUCCUUACAGUCAAACAGUAACUCCACUAACUCCACCACACUGCUAGUGAAUAAUGAUUGCUCAGUACACGCAAGCAGGAAUGGAAAUGCUUCUACAGAGAGGAAUGGGGUUUCUUUUAGUGUUCAGAAUGGAGAUGUGUGCCUUCACGAUUUCACUGGAAAACAGCACAUGUUUAAUGAGAAGGAAGAUUCCUGCAAUGGGAAAGGUCGUAUGGCUCUCAGAAGGACUUCAAAGCGGGGAAGCUUACACUUUAUUGAACAAAUGUGAUUUCUUGUAAAAUCAAAGCAUGAUGCUUGACAGUGUGAAAUGUCCAAUUUUACCUUUUACACAAUGUGAGAUGUAUGAAAAUCAACUCAUUUUGUUCUUGGCAACAUCUGGAGAAGCAUAAGCUAAUUAAGGGCAAUGAUUAUUAUUACAAGAAGAAACCAAGACAUUACACCAUGGUUUUUAGACAUUUCUGAUUUGGUUUCUUAUCUUUCAUUUUAUAAGAAGGCUGGUUUUAAGCAAUACAUUAAGAAUGACUCCUAUAAAGAAAACAAAAAAAGGUAGUGAACUUUCAGCCACCUUUUAAAGAGGCUAAAUUAUCUCUGAUAACAUCAUACAAAGCAACUGUUGACUGCAGCCUGUUGGUGAGUUUAGUUGUGCAUGCCUUUGUUGUAUAUAAGCUAAAUUCUAGUGACCCAUGUGUCAAAAAUCUUACUUCUACAUUUUUUUUCUAUUUAUUUUCUACUGUGUAAAUGUAUUCCUUUGUAGAAUCGUGGUUGUUUUGUCUCAUGUGAUAAUUCAGAAAAUCCUUGCUCAUUCCACGAAUUCUAAAGCUCCUUUUGGAGAUGGUAUGGGAUGUGAAAUACAGAAACCUCAGUGAAAUCAAGAAAUAAUGAUCCCAGCCAGACUGGGAAAAUGUAAGCAGACAGUGCCACAGUUAGCUCAUACAGUGCCUUUGAGCAAGUUAGAAAAAGGUGCCCCCACUGGGCAGGCACAGCCCUACGGGCUCAUGGUUUGGCAAACAGAGUGGAGACCAUGUUUUAGCCCCACUCACCCUCUUGGGUGUACGACCUGUACAGCCAAACACAGCAUCCAAUACGAAUACCCAUCCCCUGACCGCAUCCCCAGUGGUCAGAUUAUAGAAUCGGCACCAAGAUAUUUAGCUUUAUACCUUGGCCACAGAGAGGGAUGAACUGUCAUCCAGACCAUGUGUCAGGAAAAUUGUGAACAUAGAUGAGGUACAUACACUGCUGCUUCUCAAAUCCCCAGAGCCUUUCAGAACAGGAGAGUAGACUAGGAUUCCUUCUCUUAAAAACGUAUAUAUAUAUAUAUGGAAAACAAAAUCAUAUUGCUGUUCUUUAAAAGGCAACUGCAUGGUACAUUGUUGAUUGUUAUGACUGGUACACUCUGACCCAGCCAGAGCUAUAAUUGUUUUUCAAAUGUGUCUUGAAGAAUGCAUAGUGACAAGGGGAGCAGCUAUUGGGAACAGGGAACUGUCCUGCACUGCUAUUGUUGCUACAUGUAUCGAGCCUUGAUUGCUCCUCGUUAUAUACAGGGUCUGUCUUGCUUCCCACCUACAUCUGCUUGAGCAAUGCCUCAAGUACAUCCUUAUUAGGAACAUUUCAAAACCCUUUUAGUUAAGUCUUUCACUAAGGUUCUUUUGCAUAUAUUUCAAGUGAAUGUUGGAUCUCAGACUAACCAUAGUAAUAAUACACAUUUCUGUGAGUGCUGACUUGUCUUUGCAAUAUUUCUUCUCUGAUUUAUUUAAUUGUCUUGUAUUUAAAUGUUAAAAUCAAAAAUGUUAAAAUCAAUGAAAUAAAUUUGCAGUUAAGAUCUUUAA